UUAACACAAAUACGAAUGCUUGCGAUUACCUAAGUCAAGAUCAACAGUUAAAAUUAUUAUUACAAAAACACUGUUGUUUAUACUUGAUAAUAAUGGCUACAAUAUCAGACGUUUUAAAGUCCAAAAUCGAAGAUGAAGAAGAGCCGAAAAAAAAGUCUCGCGAAGAUUGGCGAAAAGCUAAAGAAUUAGACGAGGCGCGAAAAGCCGGAACAGCUCCGGCAGCUGUUGAUGAGGAAGGAAAAGACAUCAAUCCACAUAUCCCUCAAUACAUAUCAUCUGCACCUUGGUAUUACGGUACCGCAGGUCCUACACUCAAACAUCAACGUGUGCCCAACAAACAAGAGGAGUAUUCUAGUUUGAAUGAAUGGUACAAAAGGGGUGUUAAUACAGAAUCCAUAAGUACCAAAUUCCGUAAAGGUGCUUGUGAAAAUUGUGGUGCAAUGACACAUAAGAAAAAAGACUGUUUUGAGAGGCCUCGUAAAGUUGGAGCGGCCUACAGUAACAUGAACAUUGCACCAGAUGAACACUUACAGCCAACACUGAAUCAAGAUUUUGAUGGCAAACGUGAUCGUUGGGCAGGUUACGACCCGUCACAACACAAAACUAUCAUUGAUCAAUACCAAAAAAUCGAGGAAGCCAAAAGAGAACUUCGCGCACAGAAACUAAACGAUGACGAAAAAGGAAAAGAUAAUAGUUCAGCCGAUGAAGAUGAUGAAGACAAAUAUGUAGAUGAUUUUGAUAUGCCUGGUACAAAAGUAGACAGUAAACAACGUAUUACCGUACGAAAUUUAAGAAUCAGAGAAGAUACAGCAAAAUAUCUUAGAAACUUAGAUUUGUCAUCGGCAUAUUAUGACCCUAAAACGAGAGCAAUGAGAGACAAUCCUCAUAAGCCCGGUGAAGACCCAGAACAAGUCGAAUAUGCUGGUGAAAACUUUGUGCGAUACUCUGGUGAUACUACAAAACAUGCACAAGCUCAAUUGUUCGCAUGGGAAGCUUAUGAACGUGGUGUUGAUGUACAUCUAUUGGCCGAACCCACAAAAUUGGAACAAUUAAAGAAAGAGUAUGAAACGCAUAGAGAUCAUUUUAAGAAGAAGACUGAAAAUACUGUUCUAGCUAAAUACGGCGGAGAAGAACACUUGCAAACUCCACCUGUACAACUAUUACUAGCACAAACAGAAGAAUACGUCGAGUACUCAAGAAGAGGGGAUAUCAUAAAGGGAGAAAACAAAGGUGCUGUACGUUCUCGUUAUGAAGAAGAUGUAUAUCCGUCAAAUCACACGUCCGUGUGGGGAUCGUACUGGGAAGCUGGUGAAUGGGGUUACAAAUGUUGUCGAUCUCUGGUGCAAAAUUCUUAUUGCACAGGCACGGUCGGCAUCGAGUUGGCCAAAAGUGUACCAGAAUUGGGCAAAAUAGUGCCAGUUGUUGAAAACGAUAUUCCGGAAACGAGUUAUAAAGCAAAUGAAUCAACAAGUAAGCUAUCGUCUGUUGGUUCAUCAUCGCCGUCGUCAUCAUCAUCAGCAUUUGAAUCGGAAGAGAAAGUAAAAGAAAAGUCAAAAAAGAAAAAGAACAAAAAAGACAAGAAGAAAAAAAAGAAGAAGAAGAAGUCGAAAAAAGAAAUUAAAGAUGCACUAAAAAAAGCUGUAGAAAAAGAAGAAGAACGUUUAAAAGAGGUGGACCGAAUUAUGAAAAUGGAUGAGAGAAAACGCCCCUACAAUAGCAUGUAUGAAGUUUCCAAACCUACCGAUGAAGAAGUUGAAGCAUACCACAUGAAAAAACGAAGAGAUGAUGAUCCAAUGGCUAAUUUUUCUUAGUAUAAUAUUAAGAGUUUGACAACUUAAAAUUUAAUUUUUUUUUUUUUUAUAAAUAUGAAAUAUCCUAAGGUAGUACAUACUUUAUGUUAUUAAUAACGCCUUUCACGUUUCCGUGUAAUUUUAUGUUUACGCAUUUUAUAUGAGCUAAAUUAUUAUUUUUAU